AUGUUUAAUGGUUAUGUGUUUCUAGAUUUCAGUCAUUCGUGCCCAAAUACUAGCUUCACUUGUAAAAAUGGUCGCUGUGUUUCUCGAGCUUUUUACUGUGAUUUUAAAAACGACUGCGGUGACGAUUCAGAUGAAAUUCGAUGCGAUCAAUGUUCCAGUGAUUCGUUUCAAUGUUAUGAUGGCUCGUGUAUACCUAAAUCACGGGUCUGUGAUGGCCAGGUUGAUUGUAAGGGUAAUACAAGAGAGGAUGAAAUCUCGGGAUGUUCCGGUAGAAAAUUUAGCUCUUGUUCCGAUUAUUAUAAAAAUGGCUUCACUAACAGGGGUGUUUAUGCCAUCCAUCAGUCGACAAAUAUGGCGGAAUUGAAAGCCUAG